UCCGAAUAGCGGUACCACCACAAGUUUUUUCUCCUUGCGAUACAGCCGGUCUCAGCCGGAGGUUUUCUUCCACCCUGCUCCGCAGAGUUAGUUACCCUCUCUGUGAAGGGACGGUUCCACUCUGUAGUCGUUGUUAAAGAAGAUGCAUGUAGUUAGAAAUUGUGUAUGUGAAGAAACGGCUUCCCGCUGCAGCAGUCGAUUCUAAGGAAACUUUUAAUUUUGUGCUUCAAGAAACCUGAUUACUUCUUGGAUUACUUUUCUACCUUGGUCUAGAAGAUAACUUGAGGAAAAUGGAAACAGAUGAGGCUCAAGAUAUGUCCCAGGUUUCAGGAAAGGAAAGUCCUCCAAUUAGCGAUGUCGCAGACGAUGCAGAUGAACCUAUGCCUGUACCUGAGGACCUUUCAACUAGUACUGGAGGACAACAGAGUGUUAAGAAUGAGAGAGUCUUGGCUGGUAAUAUUAAAAUAGAGACUCAGAGUGAUGAAGAGAAUGGGCGUGCCUGUGAAAUGAAUGGGGAAGAAUGUGCGGAGGAUUUACGAAUAGUUGAUACCUCGGGAGAGAAAAUGAAUGGCUCACACAAUGGCCCAGGCAGCAAGGCUAUGUCAGGAGUUGGAGGCAUUCGACUUCCUAACGGAAAGCUAAAAUGUGAUAUCUGUGGGAUAAUUUGCAUCGGUCCAAAUGUGCUCAUGGUUCACAAACGAAGCCACACUGGAGAACGCCCUUUCCAGUGCAAUCAGUGCGGAGCCUCCUUUACGCAGAAGGGCAACCUCCUGCGCCACAUAAAGUUGCACUCGGGUGAAAAGCCCUUCAAGUGUCACCUGUGUAACUACGCCUGCCGCCGCAGGGAUGCCCUCACGGGACACCUGAGGACUCACUCGGUUGGCAAACCGCAUAAGUGUGGAUACUGUGGUCGCAGCUAUAAGCAGCGCAGCUCUUUGGAAGAACAUAAAGAACGCUGCCAUAACUACCUGCAAACCAUGAAUAUCUCAAGCAGCCUUUAUUCAGUCAUAAAAGAGGAAACUAACCAGAGUGAAAUGGCUGAAGACCUGUGCAAGAUAGGGUCAGAAAGAUCCCUCGUGCUGGAUAGACUAGCAAGUAACGUCGCCAAACGUAAGAGCUCUAUGCCUCAGAAAUUUGUUGGUGAGAAAUGUCUGCCCGAUCUUUCAUACGAUGCCACCACCAACUAUGAGAAGGAGAAUGAGAUCAUGCAGACACACGUUAUAGACCAGGCCAUCAAUAAUGCCAUCAGUUACCUGGGGGCAGAGUCCUUGCGUCCCCUUGUCCAGACACCACCAGGUGGUUCUGAGGUGGUGCCCGUCAUCAGCCCCAUGUAUCAGCUCCACAAAUCUCUCGGGGACAAUCAGGCUCGCUCCAACCAUACAGCUCAGGACACCGCAGUGGAGAACUUGUUGCUGCUUUCCAAAGCCAAAUCUGUCUCCUCCGAACGAGACGCCUCUCCCAGCAACAGCUGCCAAGACUCAACAGACACAGAGAGCAAUAACGAGGAACGCAGUGGUUUGAUUUACCUGACAAACCACAUAGGUCCCCAUGCAAGAAACGGCAUCUCUAUAAAAGAAGAAAACAGGCAAUAUGAUGUCUUGAGGGCAGGUACUGACAAUUCCCAGGAUGGUUUCAAAGUGAUCAGCAGCAAUGGGGAGCAAGUGAAAGUUUACAAGUGCGAACACUGUCGAGUCCUUUUCUUGGAUCACGUGAUGUACACGAUCCAUAUGGGCUGCCACGGGUUCCGCGAUCCUUUUGAAUGCAACAUGUGCGGGUACCACAGCCAGGACAGGUACGAGUUCUCUUCCCACAUAACGCGAGGGGAGCACCGUUUCCACAUGAGUUAAAACUCCUCCGGCACGGAUCGAGCCUCAACAGCUGCGUUACUGGAGCUGCACGAGCCACAACAGCAACAAAGCACAACUCAGCUGGACGGUAAAAGUAACAAGAGAAUCAAAAGUUCAGCGAUCUUCUCCCACAAGAAAAGAUUUUUCAUUUUGGUAGCAUGCAUUGCAACUCAGUUUUCUAUAACGAGUACUGAAGUUUUUACUGAAAAUGUUUGAUCACCAAAAACCUUUAGUAAUGUAAGUAGGAGCUUUUGUAGUCACAUAGCUGAAAGCCCUUCCCUUAACUCAUGCUUCUUGCAAACCUCCCUUGCCAAAACUGUUAACCAUGCACAGGAUGCACCACGCGGACGAGGACGGGACAGGCAGGAGUGGCCAAACCUUCUUCCUUAACACCCUGAGCGCAGGGCUCUUAUACCAGAUGGUUUUUUGACUUCCUGGUAUUAUCAGACUCUUUUGGGAAGAUUAAACUCAACUAAAGAUGGAGGGGCCAAACCCAGAAGACUUCACAGGCAGCUGGGGUGGGACAGCAGGACCCCCAGCCAGAGGGUCCCGAGUUCCUUUGGAGGUAAAAAGUAGAACGUUUCCACCAGCAAGGGUGCUGCUUGUAUUGGCAUCAGAGCAUGCCUUGUUUGUGUCACUAGGCAGGCGAGCAGGUAUGUGAAAGAGAUAAGAAACACCCUUGUAAUAUACUCUGUGAAGUAUGAAUUGCAUUUAAUGUAUAGAAAAAGGGUAUUGUUGCCUCUUCUUUGAAUAAAUGUUUUCUCUCCCUGUCCAAUAAACCCCACUUUUCAUUAAGAAA